AUGCGAAGUCCUCCUAAUCAACCUCCCAAAUGUGCUUGGGCAUUGGGCUCCAGUGCUAAAUCACCGCAUCAUCACGAAGCUCGAAAAAUCAAUAACAAAAUUAGCCAGACAAUAUUAGAAAAUAUCGGCUUUACGCCUAUUAUUAGAUUAAAUAAGAUUGAAAAGAAGUUUGGUUUAAAGUGCAGUCUACUGGCUAAAUGUGAGUUUAUGAAUCCUGGCGGUUCUAUUAAGGAUCGCAUUGCUUUACGUAUGGUAGAGGAAGCAGAGAGAGAAGGAAAAAUUAAACCGGGGUACACGUUAAUAGAACCUACUUCGGGAAAUACCGGAAUUGGUUUAGCCCUCGUUGCGGUUGUUAAAGGCUAUCGAUGUAUCAUUACUAUGCCGGAAAGAAUGAGCACAGACAAGGUUUCGAUUCUACGGGCUCUAGGAGCUGAAGUCAUCCGUUCUCCAAGUAAUGUUAGCUUUGAUUCGCCAGAAUCCCACUUUGGGACUGCUGAUAGAUUACAGAAAGAAACUGAAAAUGCCAUAAUCUUAAAUCAGUUCGUCAAUCCUGCCAAUCCAUUGGCACAUUACGAUAGUAUUGCUGAAGAAUUAUUAAAUCAGUGUGAUGGCAAAAUUGAUAUUUUGGUUGCUGGAGCUGGAACUGGUGGAACUCUUACUGGUAUCGGUCGGAAAUUAAAAGAAAAGAUUAAAACUAUUAAGAUUAUCGGAGUAGACCCGCUAGGAUCAGUCCUUGCUCAACCGAAAGAAUUGAACGUGGAGGGUAUUGGUAAAAGCUUCAUUCCAACUGUUUUUGACCGAAGUAUUGUGGAUCAGUGGCACAAAUGUAAUGACAAGGAUUCUUUCAAAUGUGCUAGAUAUUUAAUUCAAGAAGAGGGUUUAUUGUGUGGCGGUUCUAGUGGUAGUGCCCUCUCAAUAGCACUGGAUGUUGCCAAAGACUUAAGUGAAGAUCAAACUUGCGUAGUCGUUCUUCCAGAUUCUAUUCACAAUUAUAUGAGCACAUUCAUUAAUGAUGACUGGAUGAUGAAGAAUGGAUUUAUCGAAGAUCCGUCUACAGCUAAUGAUCAGAAGCCCUGGUGGUGGAACUUAACAGUUAGCGAACUCAAUAUCUCCACCCCUUCAGUCGUUACACCUACCAUAACUAUCGGUGAAGUUGUUAAAAUAAUGAAAAGAGGUUUAUGCAAUCAAUUGCCGGUCGUUGAUAAAUUAGGUGUUCCGAUCGGUAUCGUAACCCGUGAUAAUGUGGUUACUCAGUUAAUAGAAGGGAAAGUUAACAAUACUGAUCCAAUUUCUGUCGUGGCCAACGAUCGAUUUAAUACGAUAUUCGUAGAGAAAACCUUGGGAGAAUUGUCACACAUUCUGAAGCGCGACCGUUAUGCUUUGGUUGUCUACGAUCAAAAAAAUGGUGAGAAUUCUAAGGAUGUUAUAGAGAAGCAAUUUAUGUAUGGAAUAGUUACAAGCAUAGACCUUGCUGAAUUCUUGACUUCGUCAGUAUAA